AGACAAACUCACGCCUCCCCAUCCCACCAGGUAAGCCCCCAUAUCCUCGCAGCAAAACAAGAGAAGCUAACAAAGAAAAGACAUAACUUGCGCUUCCGCCGUGCACCAUUCUGCGGUGCUCUUCCGCCGCACCUUUCAUGCGCUCUCCUGCAGUCCUCCACCGUGCUCUUCCGGCACUCUUCCUGCGGUCCUCCGCCGCGCUCCUUCUCUGUGCGCUCUCCCGCUGAGAGCAUUUCCAUCAUGCUCCUGCACUAUACCACUGUGCACCCUCCAGCACUUCACCGCCAUUCUCUCUGGGUUCGGCCGAGCGCUCUCUCCCACGCUCUGCCGUGCGCUUUCUCUCCCGCGCUCCGCCGUGCACUUCUGAAGCGCUCUUCCGAAAAACUAACAAACAAGCAAACAAGCAAACCA